AAAAAAAAAAAGUUUUCAUCAGGCCAUCCAAACUCUCAGGAUGAAUGGAACAACUUACGCCAACUUUGACAACCAGGAGCACGUUUUGAAAUUGGGCGAGACCUUCGAGAAGCACCCCAAGAGUGCCUACCACACCGUGCGAUAUGAUUUCAAACCAGCUUCGAUUGACACAGCCUGUGAAGGGGAUCUGGAAGUGGGCAAAGGAGAACAAGUCACCAUCACUUUACCCAAUUUAGAGGGCUCCAGCGCCCCAGUGACAGUUUUCAAGGGGUCCAAGCGCUCUUACAUGAAGGAGUGCAUCCUGAUUGUGAACCACGAUACUGGAGAGUACCGACUCGAGAAGCUCAGCAGCAACAUUGCGGUCAAGAAGACAAGGGCCGAGGGCAGCAGUAAGAUUCAUUCGCGCAUGGAGCAGCAGACCAGUCGUCUGGGCCAGCAGAUGAAGAGCAGCGGUAACAGUGGUAGCAGUGGAAGUGGAAGUGGAAGCAAGAGCUCAAUGGGAUCCAAAAGUUCUCCGCCCAAAGAGAAGACGUCGCCCGCGUCGCCGCUGGACGACAUUGAGAAAGAGCUGAUGGCAGAGGCGCGCGUCAUGGACCAGAUGAGCAGCGCCAGCUCCUCCAACAGCUCCUCGUCCUCCAGCAGCGACAACAGUUCCAGCAGCAGCGACUCUGAGGAUGAGCGCGGCGGUGGCACUGGCUCUGCCGCGCCCCCUAAUGCGCCGUUGGCCCAGAACAGCCACAACAUGCCCGUCCUCACCACCAACAGCCGCCUGCAGGAGGGAGGAGGAGGAGGAGGAGGAGGAGGAGGAGGCCUCAUGAACACACUCAAAAAUGACCUCCAGUUAAGCGAAUCAGGCAGUGAAAGCGACUGACCAGUCACCAGCCAGGACGUCUGCUCACGUCCAUUUUGGUUCUUUCUUGAUUAGUUCUUUUUGUUUUGAGAUGUGUUCAAUAAUCCUGGGAAACACCAGCGGUUUUAUUUACAUGUCCACCAAUCAAGUCUUAAAGCGCCCACAGCGGUGCUGCACAUUUCAGCUCGGCACCAUGGGUAAUUUACAAUAUGUGCCUUACAUGGUUGCAUCUCUGAUAUAAACUUCUUGAUUUUUU